GUUAAUUUUGAUCCUGACGCUGUCGCUAUUGCCGGCGGCGUGCUCGUUGCCAGCCGACAUAGUACAGAAAUUCCACGAUCCGGAAGUGGAACGUAUGAACCAUCUGGUGGUGGACAAGAAUACAGGCCGAGUAUACGUAGGCGCGGUUAAUCGUCUCUACCAAUUGUCGCCGGAUCUAUUACUCGUCGUGAAGGAGGUCACCGGGCCGAAAGGUGAUUCCACCGCAUGCUCGAUGUUAGACUGUCCCCGUGAGGCGCAGAAACGACCAGUUGAUAACGUGAACAAGGCCCUGGUGAUUGAUUAUACCACCACGCGUCUCAUCUCCUGUGGCAGUCUGUUUCAGGGUAUGUGCACGGUGCGUAAUCUGCACAAUAUCUCAGAUGUGGUGCAGGAGGUGAAAGAAGCUGUAGUGGCGAACAAUGCCACCGCCUCAACGGUCGCGUUUAUCGCGCCUGGUCCGCCAAAUCCACCGGUCUCCCAAGUUAUGUACGUCGGCGUGACCUUCACCGGCAAUUCACCGUAUCGCUCGGAAGUGCCAGCGGUGAGUUCGCGUUCCCUCGACAAGGACAAGAUGCUUAACAUCGCCGAAGCGGCUGUUACAACUGGUACGCGAAUGUACGUUAAUUCUCUGUCGCGUGAGCGUUACCCCAUCAACUACAUCUACGGCUUUAGCAGCGGCGGGUUUAGUUAUUUUCUCACCACGCAAAUGAAAAAUACGGAGACGCCGAUUUACUUGUCGAAACUGGUUCGCGUGUGUCAAGACGACGAGCACUAUUAUUCGUACACGGAAAUACCGAUUAACUGCACCAGCGACGAGCGUAUCUACAACCUGGUGCAAGCCGCUUACGUCGGUAAGGCUGGCUCGGUACUCGCCGGCGACCUGGGCAUCACUGCUCAGGACGACGUGCUGUUUGCCGUGUUCGCCGAGAGCGACGGGCCCAACAGCGACGUGCCGCGACCGCACUCGGCUCUGUGUGUCUACUCGCUCAAGGCAAUCCGCCGCAAGUUCAUGAGCAACAUACAGCGAUGCUUCAGCGGCGAGGGACAGCGGGGCUUGGAGUUCAUCUCGCCAAGUCACAAAUGCAUAUCAACGAAGUUGCAAACGAUUGGCGAGGAUUUCUGUGGUCUGGAUGUAAACACGCCAUUAGGUGGUGAAGAGCCGAUGGGCGCGACUGCAGUUUUGACAUUUGAGACUCACUUGACGGCUGUGGCGGCCACUUCAACCGGUGAUUACACCGUGGUCUUCGUUGGCACCAAUAAAGGACAUCUCAAGAAGGUGGUGGUGGAAAGCUCGACUCUCGCAUUGGAGUACGGUGAUCUCGAGAUCGAUCCCGGGUCUCCAGUGAAUCCGGAUUUGCUGUUCGACUCGCAGCUGAUGCACCUCUACGUGCUGACAGAGAAAAAGGUCUCGAAGGUCAAAGUGCAAGAAUGCUCGGUCUACAAGACCUGUUGGGAUUGUCUGGGUGCCAAAGAUCCGUACUGCGGCUGGUGCUCGUUGGAAAACAAGUGCAACCUCCGUAGCGACUGUCAGGACGCUGCCAAGGAUCCGCUGUAUUGGAUCUCCUAUAAGAGUGGCAGAUGUACGACGAUCACCACCGUCACGCCGGACCAACUGCAACGAACUACCGCCAGGACCCUCGAACUCGUCAUUGAGAACCUACCGACGUUGUCCGGGCAAUUCCUGUGUGCGUUUUCCGCCCUUGACAAGACCCUGAUCACGAACGCAUCGCGAAAGUCGUACGGGGUGAACUGUACCACACCGAGGACCGAUUUGCUGCCAUCGAUACCGCCGGGCCGACAUCACUUUACAGCCAAACUGUCGGUACGGAUGACAAAUGGGCCCGAUUUAGUGGCGACAAAUUUCACUUUCUUCGACUGCAACACGUACAGCUCGUGCACACAAUGCGUUUCAUCGAGCUUUCCGUGUGACUGGUGCGUCGAUGGUCACCGGUGUACACAUGACACGGCGGAGAACUGUCGGAAUGACAUUCUUGUUACGGGAGUCAGCAGAAUGGGACCAAGCUAUAGGAGUGGGCCAGGUUUUUGUCCCACUAUAAAUGCUACAGAAUCUCAAGAGAUCCUCGUGUCUUCCGGUAUUAAAAAGGCGAUACGAGUUAAAGUGCAUAUCAUUGGGCAAUUCAUCAUACAAACGCGAUUUGUGUGCCAAUUCAACAUCGAGGGUCGCGUGACGAGUGUGAAUGCGCGUUUGUUGGCUGACACGAUCUACUGUGAGGAGACGGAAUUCUCCUACACAUCUCGCGCCCCGAACAUUACGGUACCUUUUGCCGUGAUCUGGGGCGGUUCCAAACCUUUGGAUAAUCCAGACAAUAUACACCUUGUGAUAUACCGUUGCCGCGACAUGGCGGACAACUGUGGCAUGUGCCUCGCCUUGCCAACGAAAUACGGAUGCGGCUGGUGUCAGAGCUCAGAUAGAUGUGAAGUGAAAGAUCAGUGUGACCGUGGCUCGGGCAUGUGGCUGAACAGCAACCAGACUUGCCCAAAUCCGGAGAUAAAAUCAUUCGAACCGGUAAUGGGUCCCUGGGAAGGCAACACAAACGUGACGAUUCGCGGCAUCAAUCUUGGCAAGACAUUUAAGGACAUAGUCGGUGGCGUUACUGUAGCUGGUAUGCGAUGUCUACCAUACGAAGAAUUAUACAUUCGGACAAAGCAAAUUGUUUGUCGAGUCGAUGGACCAGGCACGCAAGAAGGCAGAAGCGGGCCCGUAAUCGUGAAGAUAGAGGACUUCCGUGGUCAAUCUGAUUACAAUUUCGAAUUCGUAGACCCAGAGAUCCUCUCAAUAUCACCUAAAUACGGACCUUUAAGCGGUGGUACUACUAUUAAGAUCACCGGUAAUUAUAUGAAUGCCGGUAGCACUAUCCAUGCUGACAUCGAUGAAUUACCCUGUUCUAUAAUAAGUGCUGAACCCAACGAGGCUCUUUGCAUGACGAGUCCAAGCGAUCGAAAACGAAGCGGUAUGCUAAAGAUGUCCUUUGAUGGUGGCAAGCGUUUAUAUGAUGGCUUCUUCGAAUACGUUGACGAUCCAACGAUAGAGAGCGUAGAAAGUGGCGUGGCUGGUCAGAUGAAAGUCCCGAAGGGAAUCCCAGCGGGUGGAAUAAAGAUCUCAGUGACCGGCAAAAAUCUUGGCUACAUACAAAGCCCGCAAAUGUAUGUUUACUAUGAUGAAAAGAUGUUUGUAUCGCAGUGCGAAGUGCACAGUCAGGAGAGUAUGGUAUGUAAAUCGCCAACUAUUGAAGUGCCGGAACACGUAGUAUUGGAUGCUGAACGCCCACUCUCUCUUGAAUAUGGCUUCCGCAUGGACAAUGUCACCGGUGUGCAGAAUCUUUCGCAGCACGGUUUUAAUCACUUCCUUUUGUAUCCAAAUCCGAUUUAUGAAGUCUUCGAUGAAGAAGUUAAAUACUAUAAAAGCGACUAUUUGACGAUCAAUGGUCAACAUCUUGAUCGUGCAUGUCAAGAAUCUGACGUAGUUGUGCAAAUCGGUAAUGCUUUCUGCAAUGUCACAUCUUUAUCACGGCAACAGCUUACCUGUCGACCACCCCUGACGCAACCACCGGCUAUUGAUGCCCAGGGUCUGCCCAAUAAACAAGAACUGCCGGAAGUGGUGCUAAUAGUGGGUGGUACACUUCGUUACAACAUUGGCAAGCUCAGUUAUGCACUGCCAGCUGGAUUGAAUGGACCAUUGUCGAAACCUGCGCUUAUCGGCGUAAUCAUCGCUAUCGUGAUUUUAGUAUUCAUAUUCAUAGCAUUCCUUAUCGCCUAUCGCAGAAAAUCUACAGAAAGCAAUCGCGUAUUAAAAAACAUGCAGGAGCAAAUGGAUAUUCUCGAGUUACGAGUCGCUGCGGAAUGUAAGGAGGCCUUUGCCGAAUUACAGACGGAAAUGACUGAUCUCACAGGAGAUCUUACCAGCGGUCUCAUACCCUUCCUUGAUUACCGCACUUACGCGAUGAUGAUAUUGUUCCCCAGCGACGAUAACAGUCCGGUGCUGCAAUGGGACAGACCCGAGCUCGUACGAAAAGAAAAAGGAUUGCGUCUAUUUGGUCAACUAAUAAUGAAUAAGACAUUCCUACUGUUGUUCGUACGAACGCUCGAAAGCAAUCGUUACUUCUCGAUGCGUGAUCGAGUCAAUGUUGCCAGUCUGAUUAUGGUUACAUUACAAAGCAAAAUGGAAUACUGCACGGACAUUCUGAAAACUUUGCUGGCGGAUCUUAUCGAAAAAUGUACGGAAGGCAAAAGCCAUCCUAAGUUAUUCUUGAGACGAACUGAGAGCGUUGCAGAGAAAAUGCUGUCUGCUUGGUUUACAUUUCUCUUGUACAAAUUCAUGAGAGAGUGCGCCGGUGAACCAUUAUACGUAUUGUUUCGUGCGGUAAAACAACAGGUCGAUAAAGGGCCUGUCGAUGCGAUUACAUCGGAAGCACGAUAUUCCUUGUCCGAAGAAAAGUUAAUCCGACAAUCUAUCGAUUUCAAGCCAAUGACGGUCUACGUUUCGAUAUCCCAACAAACUGUAUUUGUUGGCGGAAUAGAUCCUAACACGGAAAACGUGCCAGUCAAAGUUCUUGAUUGCGAUACAAUAUCUCAAGUGAAAGAGAAAGCGUUGGAUACGAUUUAUCGAGCAACUCCUUAUAGCCAAAGACCUCGAAAGGAAGAUCUUGAUCUCGAAUGGCGAACUGGUGCAUCCGGUAGAUUAAUUCUCUAUGACGAAGAUUCAACAACGAAGACAGAGGGUGAGUGGAAGAAGAGAAACACUUUGAAUCAUUAUAGGGUACCAGACGGAGCAUCGCUCAACUUAGUUUCCAAACAAUCGUCUAUAUACAAUCUCUCAAUUCUGUCGGAGAAAACGGACAAAUCGCACAAGUACGAGACCUUGAAUCUUAGCAAAUUUAGUUCGGCCAGUCCUCCACUCUCCCGUGCCACCUCUCCGCUCAAUCAGAAUAUCGAAGCUGGUUUGAAAGUCUGGCAUCUUGUUAAGCAUCACGAUUCUGAUGCGCGAAAAGAAGGAGAUCGUGGCAACAAAAUGGUCUCGGAGAUCUAUUUGACGAGGUUAUUGGCAACAAAAGGUACACUUCAAAAGUUCGUUGAUGAUCUGUUCGAGACAAUAUUCAGCACUGCCCAUCGAGGUUCGGCGCUUCCUCUCGCCAUUAAAUAUAUGUUCGAUUUUAUGGACGACCAAGCUCUACAACACGGCAUAUCCGACCCAGAAGUGGUCCACACGUGGAAGAGCAAUUCCCUUCCUCUUAGGUUUUGGGUUAAUCUCAUAAAAAAUCCGAAUUUUAUUUUUGAUAUACACAAGUCCAACAUCGUGGACUCGUGUUUAUCCGUCGUAGCGCAGACAUUCAUGGACAGCUGCUCAACGUCGGACCAUAGAUUAGGUAAGGACUCUCCGAGUUCAAAACUACUAUAUGCGAAGGACAUUCCAGUGUACAAAGAAUGGGUAGAACGUUAUUAUUCAGAUAUUAAAGUCAUGCCAGCCAUAUCCGAUCAAGACAUGAAUGCCAUGCUUGCCGAAGAAUCUAGGUUGCAUACAACGGAGUUUAACACGAAUUGUGCUUUAUUUGAACUAUAUACAUACGCGGGUAAAUACAACGAACAACUAAUAGUCACUCUCGAGGAGGACGAGUUCUCGCAGAAGCAGAGACUGGCGUACAAACUCGAGCAAGUGCACAAUAUAAUGGCGGCAGACAAUCCCUGAUGUAUGACCAUGAAUUCCAUGAAGCACAUGACGAAGCCUGCUCGUCAAGAGUUACCCUGCUGAGCGGUCAAUCGCGAUCCGGUAUAAUUAUCAACGGCGCGAACAAAGGGAACUGGCCUACCUUGUAAUCGAUUAUCUCAGGUUCCGUGCAAAAGCCAGUUUUCUCAGCUUAACGUGAAUCGCGAGUGAACUUGGGAGUUACUCCAAUGAGGAGACUAAACGCCGCGAGUUAACUGGGAAUUAAUUAAAGAACUAAGUGUUAAAAGUAUGUGUCGAGAAAGUCUUCUCAGAGGUCGCCAGUUCGUAGAUGUGGCCAUAAUCAUAAGCAUAUUGUCGCGUGCGCGCAUAAUUGUACAUAAGAUAUCAAAAUCAUGAAUAAUUGUAAUAGGAUAUUAAAUGUACGAUCACCCCUCGACGGCCGAGUCGAGUGCAAAAGCGGGGCGAGAGCGUUUCCUUCGCCACGCGGUGAUCGCACGUCGUUUGCACCGCGAGUGAUUUUAAAAAUGAAUGUAAUAAUGUGAAACACACACACACACAAUAGUGAUAAGAGAGGCGAGUGAGGGAAUCAGCUGCGAUAUCGAUCGAUAAUUUGUAAAUGUGUUUAAAAGAAAAAAAAAAA